UUUAGAGUUUAUUUCUUUAUUUGGCAAUGAAGUGUUUUUUGGGUGUGAAAUGUUAAGUGUGAACUACAAUCCAAAAACCCUUCACGAGACAUUACAAGACAAAUCUCAACCUCCUUUGUUUCUUCCCUACAUCCUAAGUUUUUCUUUCAAUAGCCAUAAAAAACUAGAUUACCUCUAUAAAAUCAGAGCCUUUUGGGCAAAACCAAGCUUCAUAUACUCUUCAAAUCUGUAAACAAUGGCAAAUAUCAGCCAGUCAUUGCAGUUAGUAGCUCAUCUUCUUGCCUUUUUCUUCUUCUUCUCCUCUGUUCCUAUCCAUGCGCUUAACAUUGGUGUUCAAAGAGCAGAUGCCUCCGUUUCUGUGAGUAAAGAAUGCAGUAGGAAAUGUGAAUCUGAGUUCUGCUCUGUGCCUCCAUUUUUGAGAUAUGGCAAAUAUUGUGGGUUAUUAUAUAGUGGAUGUCCAGGAGAGAGACCUUGUGAUGGGCUCGAUGCUUGUUGUAUGAAACAUGAUGCCUGUGUACAAGCUAAGAACAAUGGGUAUCUUAGCCAAGAGUGCAGCCAAAACUUCAUCAACUGCAUGACAAAUUUCAAGAACACAGGAGGUCAUACAUUUAAAGGGAACAAAUGCCAAGUUGAUGAGGUUAUUGAUAUCAUCUCUUUAGUCAUGGAGGCUGCUUUGCUUGCUGGAAGAUACUUCCAUAAGCCUUGAUAUAGUUUAUAUAUAUAUAUAUAUCAAUUAAUCAAAGGGAAAGUUAGGUUUCUCUUUUGACUAUUUUCCAUUUAUUUUAUCAUUUUCACUGCCUCAAUUGGCUAAGCAAAUGAAUGUUUUUUUUUUUAUUUUUCCUCUAUUCUUUUCAUAUUUAUCACAUUUUAUGUAUUUUCUUUAAUGCUUCUCUUUUGACUAGUGCCAUAACUCCUCAUA